UCUCGAGGCGUCACAACAUGAGUGCAUGGAUCACGCUCUGAUGGACGGCCGCGACCCCAACGCCAGGUGUUUGACUUUGACCAUGCCGAACUGGCACUGGCAGUCCCUCCAGCCGCCUCCCUUCCCCAGCCGCCUCCAGCAGCAACGGCCGUACCUCUCUGAAAUCCGCGCUUACACGGCGGUCGGCGAUCAGCUCUGGGUCUCCACCGUUGACGACGGCACGUUCUGCUUCGACACAGAGAGCGGCGCGUGGAGCAAUGCCCGCCGGUGGGCGCUGCCGUUCAGAGGCCGCGCCGAGUACGUCCCCGAGCACAGGCUCUGGAUCGGCUUCUCCGACACAGGCGGGCAGCAGGAGCUCUGCGCGUCGGACCUCGCCCUCGCCGCCGUGUCCGCGCGGAGGCCACCGGUGUGGCAGAACCUGGGGAGUGAUCUGGGGUUGAGGUUCUGGCCGAAAGAUUGGCAGCUCAUGUCGACCGACCUCGUGCCGCUUGGUUCCGGCAGACUCUGCACUGCCAGGUUCUUCCUGACCGAGGACGAGGACAAGUCGGAGGACAUGUUCUGCCAUACCCCACCGCCCGACAUCUCAAAUAAUUUCAUGGUGCUCGUCGGGGUGGAAGUGGUGUCCGACGAAGAAGGAAGGCUCCGCAUGAUCCGGCACAAGUUUCAGCGUUACACCUUCGGCCGAGACCGUGCCUUUCCGAUGUGA